GGUUGCCAUAGCAGCAGCAGCCGCCUCUAACCGCCACUAAAUUUUCUAGUGCCCUCUCCCCUUCUGCAGUGCCAUUUAUAGCUUCCCCGGUGCUCUCUCCUCCACGCCCCAAAACCCCAGAACAAGCAUCUCUCUGACUCUCUAGAAGAAGAAGAAGAGUGGAAGAAACAACCAUGGUGCAACAGCAGCACAGGAUCUACAUACUGCAGUUCGACAAGGGGGAGCCGCCGGAGGAGGAGCAGCUGUCAUGCUCGCCCAAGCAGCCCGCCGGCGCCACCGGCCGCCGGAUCAUGUACUACUACCAUGACUACGGCAGCAAGAACGGCCGGCAGGCGUCGGCCAAGUCGUGCUCCAGGCCGUCGAGGUUCCUCGGCAUGCGCGGCUUCUUCGGCUUGCUCCUCAUCUGCUUCCUCUCCGUGUCCACCUUCCUCGCCGCGCCCGGCAGCUCCUCCUUCUUCUCCGGCGAGCAGCAGCGGGCCGCCGCCGCCGCCAUGGCCACGGCGGGCGCGCCGUGCGCGGCGGUGCGCGGCAACGACACGCUCUGCUGCGACCGGACAUCCGAGCGCGCCGACAUGUGCUUCGCCCGCGGCGACGUGCGCAUGCACUCCGCCAGCUCCUCGUUCCUGCUCGUCUCCGGCAAUAAGGAGUCCUCGCCGGCGCCGGGGAAGAAGGAGGAACAGGAGGAGAGGAUAAGGCCGUACACGCGCAAGUGGGAAGCCAACGUGAUGGCGACCAUCGACGAGGUGCGCAUCCGGCGCGUGCACCCGGCGCACGGCGGACCCUCGGCCCCGAGGUGCGACGUGGUGCACGAUGUCCCCGCCGUGCUGCUGUCGACGGGAGGGUUCACGGGGAACGUGUACCACGAGUUCAACGACGGGCUGAUCCCGAUGUUCGUGACGGCGGCGCACCUCCGCCGCCGCGUGGUCUUCGUCAUCCUCGAGUACCACGACUGGUGGAUCACCAAGUACGGCGACGUCGUCUCCCGCCUCUCCGCCUUCCCCCCCAUCGACUUCUCCGCCGACCGCCGCGUCCACUGCUUCCCGGAGCUCAUCGCCGGGCUCCGCAUCCACGGCGAGCUCACCGUCGACCCCGCCCGCACCCCCGACGGCGCCACCUCCAUCGCCGACUUCCGCGCCCUCCUCGACGACGCCUACCGCGGCCGCCUCCUCUACCUCGACCGCCUCGCCGCCGCCCGCAAGCACCGCCGCCGCCCCCGCCGCCGCUCCGCCAUUAAUUCCGUCGAGAUUGAGAAGCGGCCGCGACUGACGAUCGUGUCGAGGACUGGAUCUCGCGUGAUCGAGAACGAAGAAGCCGUGGUGUCCCUGGCGAGCGAGAUCGGGUUCGAGGUGCGGGUGAUCCGGCCGGAGAGGAGCACGGAGAUGUGCAAGAUAUACCGGGAGCUGAACGGCAGCGACGCCAUGGUCGGGGUGCACGGCGCCGCCAUGACCCACUUCCUCUUCAUGCGGCCGGGGAAGGUGUUCAUCCAGGUGGUGCCGCUGGGCACGGACUGGGCCGCGGGGGCCUACUACGGGGAGCCCGCGGCGCGGCUCGGCCUGCGCUACGUGGGCUACAAGAUCCGGCCCGACGAGAGCUCGCUGGCCCGCGAGUACCCCGCCGGCGACCCCGUGCUCGUCGACCCCGCCGCCGUCGCCAAGCGCGGCUGGGACGUCACCAAGAAGGUGUACCUCGACCGGCAGAACGUCAGGCUCGAUCUGGCCAGGUUCAGGGAGGAGCUCGUUAAAGCCCACCGGUAUCUCGUCUCCUCCGGCGCCGGCGCCGCCUGAAAUCGAAUUGAGCUGGCUCCUUUGAUUUGAUCAAAUCAAACCCAAUCGGUCAGUCAUCUUUGACCGGUUUGGUUAGCAAACAAACAACCGAUCUCCCAUACAGUAUAGUACAGUUGCUAUAGAUUAAAAUUUACACCUUCUUCCCCCCUUUGUUCUUGUUUACAGUAUAUAGCACAGUACCUACAACUGACUGAUUAACUCGAUCUGACAAUUCAUUUCAUUUAGAUUAUAUAUAAUCCUGUGUUGGAUGUAACUGUGAAUCUGUGAUCGAUCGAUCUAUGCUGGCCGUUUUGCAUUUCUUUGUACAGUAGUCCUCAAGCUUGAUUGUGAAUAUACAUACAUACUCAAUAAAGGGGCUUCAGUUACAGUAAAA